AUGGACGCCAAACACGAAAAGAGGGCCUCGGCGGAGUAUGCCGCUGGGGAAAUGGAACUGUCUGACCAGGCCCUGUUGCGGCGGAUCGACUGGCGAAUCUUGCCGAUCAUGUUCUUGACCUAUUUCCUCCAGUUUUUGGAUAAGGUCUCCUUGAAUUAUGCAAACAUCAUGGGCUUGCAAAAGGACCUGGGCAUGUCAGGGAACGACUUUUCCUGGCUGGCCACAGCAUUCUACAUUGCCUAUGCGGUUGCUGAGAUCCCUCAAGGGAUCCUGUUACAAAAAUAUCCGAUCAGCAAAGUCCUCGGAUGCAAUGUGCUCAUCUGGGGCAUUCUCCUCUGUUGCUCUGCUGCAGCGCAUAACUACGCCGGCAUAAUAGCGAUCAGAACACUGCUCGGAAUGAUGGAAGCAGUGAUAGCGCCCUCGUUGACUCUGUAUACGAGCAUGUGGUACACCCGCGCCGAGUCGACCCCGCGCUUCGGCUUAUGGUAUUGCGGCCUCGGAGUCGGGCAGAUUAUCGGCGGCUUAAUCUCCUUUGGAGCCCAGCAUGCUCCUGCUGAUGGUUGGGCCGGGUGGCGUAUCAUGUUUGUUGUGAUCGGCAUUGUCAACCUUCUCGUCGCCUUGCUCGUCCUCUUCGUCCUCCCCGAAACCCCCGAAAAAGCAACAUUUCUUUCUUCCGCAGAUAAAGCUCGCAUCGCAGAGCGCCUGCAGCUUGAUUCGGCGGGCGUUGGCGAAAAGGUCUUUCGCUGGACCGCGGUCCUGGAGGUGUUCGGUGACUUGCAGACGUGGUUGUUGAUUCUCUUGACAAUCCUGAUUACCAUCCCCAGUGGAGUAAUCACUACAUUCUCGUCAAUUCUCAUCCAGGGCUUUGGAUACACCUCGAAAGAGAGUGCACUGUUGAACAUGCCUUCUGGAACUGUGAGCAUUGUAUCGACAAUGGCGUCUACCUACGGAAUUGCGAAGGGUUACUCCCGCUGGCUUUCGAUCAACAUUCUGCUCGUUCCGACACUGCUCGGCUCGUGCCUCAUGAGCUUCCUACCGACCACCAACCAGGCUGGGUGUUUGGCGGGUAUUUACAUGGUCAACGCGACUGUUGCACCGCUCGCUUUGAUCUUCGCAUGGACAGGCGCCAACUACAAGGGUUAUACGAUGAAAGUCGCCGGAACCACCCUGAUCUCUGCUGCCUUCAGCAUAGCGAAUAUCAUCGGGCCCCAAACAUUCCAGGCUAAAGACGCCCCUGGAUACACGCCCGCCAAAAUCACCCUCGUGGCCGUCAAUGCCGCGGCUAUCGUGGUCUCUACAGCCCUACGUGGAAUCUACGGGAUUCGUAACAACCGCGCAAAUGGUCUCGGUGCACCGGCACAAAAUAUGUCUAUUAAGGCUGACUUCUAUCUCCGUAUCUAUGCGACGGCCCCACAAGAUACACCAAAUUGCCUUCUACGUGUGAUAAAUAGCUGUACUGCCAUUCUCCAAUUGAGCCAUAAUCUAGCAAAAGAAAACAUGGCAAUGAGAGUCCUCGUAACCGGUGCAAACGGCUUCAUCGCCGCCCACUGCAUCGCCCUUCUCCUUUCACAUUCCCACCAUGUCAUCGGCACAGUCCGGUCUGAGUCGAAAGCCACCGCGACCCGCGAAACCCUUCUCGCUGCUGGUAUCAACAACUCAAACCUCGACCUGCUCGUUAUCCCCGAUCCCACGGACGAAGCUCAGCUCUCCGCGGCACUAGAGGGCCAAGCAUGCGAUGCGAUACUCCACCUCGCCUCGUCCUUCACCUACGAUGCCAAACCGAGCGAGUUCGAGCACAAACUGCUUCUCCCUGCUAUCAAGGGGACAGAGGCAAUUUUUCGCGUCGCGGCGUCCCACUCCUCAGUCAAGAAGGUCGUCAUCAUGUCGAGCUUUGCGGCGGUGUAUGAUGCCGCCAAAGGAGCGCAGCCGGGAAAGGUCUAUAGCGAGGACGAUUGGAGUCCGUUGGGUUAUGAGGAGGCGAGGGAUACGGAGAAUGUUGCAACGGCAUACCGCGCGAGCAAAGCCCUCUCUGAGCGCGCGGCGUGGAAUUUCGUUGCAUCGCACGACGUCGGAUACCGUCUCGUCACGCUUUGUCCGGGGAUGGUUUUUGGGAAGAUGAUUCACCCUGUCAAGACGGUUGGUGAGGUUAACACCAGCAAUCGGAUUGUGUGGGAUGUGUUGAGCGGUGAUAGCAUCCCGCCUACGAAGGCGCCGGUCUGGGUUGAUGUCCAGGAUCUAGCGCUCGUCUCUUUGCGCGCACUGACGACGCCAUUUACGGCGCAUGAGCGGUUCCUGGUUACCGAGGGGCCGUAUGAUACGCAGGAGAUAGCGGAUGUUGUGCGUGAGGCAUUACCGAAGUGCAGAGGAAGGAUUCCUGUGGGUGAUCCUGGGAAGAGGAUUCGGGGUGGCCAUUAUGGGUGUGAUGCGACGAAGGUUAGGAAGGUGCUUGGUGUGGAGUUCCGGGGGUUGAGGGAGAGUGUGGUGCCUUUGGCGGAGCAGUUGUUUGAGAUGGAGGGGAGGCAGAAAUAG